CCUUGUCUUGAGCGCUUCAUUCACUGCCGUUACGCCAAACACCAUUUUUUCUCUUCCUCUGAAGCCAUUUUUUCUUCCUUCCUUUUUUGUUUCCUAUUCCUUCUUCAAUUCUCUCUCUUCAAUUAGUAGUAAACAUUUUUUUGGCCUCGUUGAAGCAAUGGUGGGGGGUGGCAAUUCCAAAUCCGAUAUCUCCUUUGCUGGCACUUACGCUAGCAGUGCUUUCGCUGCAUGUUUCGCCGAGGUGUGCACUCUUCCUUUGGACACUGCUAAAGUUAGGCUUCAGCUUCAAAAACAGGCAGUACUUGGUGAUGCAGUGACCUUACCUAGAUAUAGGGGUUUGCUGGGAACGGUUGGAACCAUUGCCAGGGAAGAAGGUUUUUCAGCACUCUGGAAGGGGAUUGUGCCAGGGCUACAUCGUCAAUGUUUGAAUGGGGGGUUAAGAAUUGCGUUAUAUGAGCCUGUUAAGAAUUUCUAUGUUGGGGCUGACCAUGUUGGAGAUGUUCCAUUGUCUAAGAAAAUUCUCGCUGGAUUUACAACUGGUGCUAUGGCAAUUGCAGUGGCAAAUCCAACUGAUCUUGUGAAAGUUAGACUUCAAGCAGAAGGAAAAUUGCCUCCUGGCGUGCCCAAGCGCUACUCUGGAUCAUUAAAUGCUUAUUCAACAAUUAUGAGACAGGAAGGAGUUGGAGCACUUUGGACUGGGAUUGGUCCCAACAUAGCAAGGAAUGGUAUUAUUAAUGCUGCUGAACUAGCCAGCUAUGAUCAAGUGAAACAGACUAUUUUGAAAAUUCCUGGAUUCACCGACAAUGUUGUAACUCACCUUCUUGCUGGUCUAGGAGCAGGAUUUUUUGCAGUCUGUGCUGGCUCCCCUGUUGAUGUGGUUAAGUCGAGAAUGAUGGGAGAUUCAAGUUACAAAAGCACCCUUGAUUGUUUCAUUAAGACAUUAAAAAAUGAUGGACCUUUUGCCUUUUAUAUGGGGUUCAUACCAAAUUUUGGACGGCUAGGAUCUUGGAAUGUGAUCAUGUUUUUAACUCUAGAACAGGCUAAAAAAUUCGUCAAAAGUUUAGAAUCAGCUUGACCUCAAAAAAACUUAUCAGUAGAAUUUUUUGAGGAGACUCCCCCAAAUGCAAUGGAAAUUGUCAAGUAAAAACUUGUCUUCAUUUUGUUAAUUGGAACGUACCAAAACAAUUUUUUUUGGGGGGGCGGGGGAAUUUGUAGUAAUAAAUGAGAAGAGCUAUGCGAUCCCCCUGCAAUUUAAAAUUUUAUUAGUUGGUUCUGGGGUUGGGCUUGGGCUUGGGCAUAGGGACUUCCUUUAAAAGUCCAAGCCUAGCAGUAUGUUUCCAUAUCCAAGUGAAAAUAAGCUUAGCAUAUGCUUUUUUUAGUGCAAAAUUUUCGUUACAGCACAAGGCACAUUGAUAAAAAAAAAAAA